GGCUUCAUCCUGCAUCACCACCGGGGCUGGAGGGCUCCUCUCUCUCUCUCUCUCUCUCUCUCUCUCUCUCUCUCUCUCUCUCUCUCUGCCGGCCUGCGGAGCCUCCGUAUGGGCUCACCAUGCGUAGGAUACGGGCCAACGCCAUCGCCAUCCUGACCGUCGCCUGGAUCCUGGGGACGUUUUAUUACCUGUGGCAGGACAACAAGCCGCAGUCUUCAUCGUCACCGUCGUCGUCCGCGUUGCAGACCCGAGGAAGAGGAGGUGGAGGAGGAGGAGGUGGAGGUGGAGGUGGAGGUGUCCAGAAGGUGAUCCCAGGACGGCUGGAGAUCCACCGGGACGACAGGACCAUCCCACUGAUAGUGACCCAGCCCCCGCGGGCCGAGCAGCAGAGCCAGCUGCUGGGCGGCUUCGAUGAGAAGGCUUACCUGGCGGGGAAGCAGCUGAAGCCGGGGGACGACCCCUACAGAGAACACGCCUUCAACCUGCAGGAGAGCGACCGGCUGGGCAGCGAGCGAGCCAUCAGAGACACCCGACACUACAGGUGUGCCUCUCUGAACUAUGACACAGACCUUCCCUCCACGAGUGUCAUCAUCACUUUCCACAAUGAGGCUCGCUCUACUCUCCUUCGCACCAUCAAAAGUGUCCUGAUGCGAAGUCCUCCAUCUCUGAUCCAAGAAAUAAUCUUGAUCGAUGACUUCAGCUCUGACCCUGAGGACUGCCAGCUGCUCUCUCAGAUCCCCAAAGUGCGCUGCCUGAGGAACGGCAGGAGAGAGGGUCUGAUCCGAUCACGUGUGCGUGGAGCCAACACGGCCUCCGCCUCCAUCUUGACCUUCUUGGACAGCCACUGCGAAGUCAACGCUGAUUGGCUGCAGCCGAUGAUCCAGAGAGUGAAGGAGGACCAUACGCGAGUCGUCAGCCCCAUCAUUGAUGUCAUCAGCCUGGAUAACUUCGCCUAUUUGGCUGCCUCUGCUGACUUGAGAGGAGGGUUUGACUGGAGUCUCCACUUCAAAUGGGAGCAGAUUCCCAUCGAGCAGAAGAUGGCGAGGAGCGACCCCACACAGGCAAUCAGGACUCCAGUCAUCGCUGGUGGGAUCUUCGUCAUGGACAAGAGCUGGUUCAACCACCUGGGCCAGUAUGACACCCACAUGGACAUCUGGGGAGGGGAGAACUUUGAGCUUUCUUUCCGGGUGUGGAUGUGCGGAGGAAGCCUGGAGAUUCUUCCCUGCAGCCGCGUGGGUCACGUGUUCAGGAAACGGCACCCGUACGACUUCCCAGAAGGCAAUGCUCUCACCUACAUUAAGAACACCCGGCGGGCUGCAGAGGUUUGGAUGGACGAGUAUAAACAGUACUACUACUCCGCCAGGCCGUCGGCACAGGGCAAGGCGUUCGGCAGCAUCUCAGACCGUCUGACACUGCGGCGCAAGUUGAACUGCAAACCUUUCCGCUGGUACAUGGAGAACGUCUAUCCUGAGCUGAGGGUCCCUGAGCAGGAAGCGGUGUCCAGUGUGCUGAGACAAGGCGGCUUGUGUCUGGAGUCCCGUGGGACAGACGUCCUCGGCCUGGCAGAGUGCAGGGGCAUCGGAGCCAUCAGGCCGCAGUCGCAGAGAUGGGAGCUAAUAGAGCCACUGAUCCGGCAGCAGGACCUCUGCCUGGCCAUUUCAGCCUUCACAGCGGGGUCAAAGGUCAAGAUGGAGAGCUGCAAUAAUAAAGAGCCCAGACAGAAGUGGAAGCCUAAAGGCACGGCUCUGCAGCACAUGGUCAGCGGCCUCUGUCUGGACAGCCAGACGCCGUCGGGCCCUCUGGUCAUCACGCAGUGUCGCCCCCAGAUGGCCAGCCAGACCUGGGAGCCGCAAAUAAUCACCUGAGCCACGGAGGUCGGCGGGGAGGGAAAGGGGGAGCAGAUUCUGGACCCGGCCCGUAGGAGGGAGACUCGUAUGGAUCACAUCUGCACGCUGCGUGAACGGAUCGUAGUGACUGUACAUUUGUGAUGUCAUCUUCAAAGCUCGUGCUCUCUGGUGACAAGAGCGACGCUGAAAGACAUUUGAAGGCCUCGUCGAGAGAAACAUCUUAUCUCUGUACAGUUCUCCAUCCUUUGAGGAAGCUGCAGUUCUUCUACGUAAUCUAAGCUUCUCACUGAAAACAUUCUUUUUUCAUUUCUGUCUCUAUCCUGGUCAGCAGUUUGCUUAUAUUUGGAGUAGUGCGGAUCGCCUCAACACAAACGAGUGCAUACUUCUGAUGGCUGUGAGGACCAGGGCAGCUUUAUGUAUAGCCAAGUAAAGUCUGAGAGCUUCUGUUUUCUUUAUUAUUUCUGAGCGCACCAUGCAAAGCACUGUCAGGAACAUUAUUUAUUGUUUUGCAUGGUCAGACCCAAAGAAUGUUUUUUUUUCUUUUUCUGUCUCUCUACAAAGUUUUAUGUAAAUAUUUGAAGCAGAUAUUGGCUUGGUUCUUUUGUGUCAAGUACUCUAUAUGUUGUUUGAAAAAUAAAAUGUGGUC